ACACUUCCUCAGAGGAAACAAGAAGUAAAACCAGGGAGGAAAGAGUUAACUUUUCCCGGAGCGUAUCAUUUCCUGCUCUGGUUUCCUGGGUUUUCUGACUCUGGCUCUCACUUUCCUGCCGUCGGAGCAGCGCCGGACCGGCUCGCUCUGGCCACUGAUGGUGCUCCAUCCUCUCUGCGCUCCGGAAAACUGAAUUCCCUGAAGAAUCAAUUUGAAAAAGCAGUCAACCUAAACCAGGAUAAAAAGCCUCCUGCUCCCCUUCCGAGCGGCUCCAGCAUUCUCCGCUCACGCUCCGUCCUGACCAGGCCUGCUGCCAUCCGCGAGGAGCCCGCCGCGCCCGUCAAGAACCAGGACCCGCACGCCGACAGGGGGGAUCAGCGCGCAGCCAGACCCGAGCAGCAGCAGCAGCCGCCUGCCGCCCCGGCGGGCGACAAGCAGAGAGGGAUGGACGGGGAUGAGGCCGCAGACAGGCGAAAAGCCGAGCCGAUCGAGGAGGAAGCUCCCACCAGCCCACUCGCCACUUUUGAGAAACCCAAAGUGCAGCUGACUGACCUGAAGAUGAAGUUUGAGAAGGGAGAAGACGCUGCUGGACAGGUCGGCAGGUCGACGAUUCGCAGCACUUCGUCUGAAGACUCAGAACGUCCUAAAAAUUCGUCUCCGCUGACCCGCUCUGCGUCUGUGAGGGUGAAUAAGGCCAAGUAUGAGCUGAGUGUCGCUAAACAUAACGCCGGCUGCUCUACCGACCAACCAAAAGGGACUGCUAUAAGGAAAUCUGUGUCCAUGAGAGUCAAACAGACUCCAGCAGCAGAGUGCAAUGGAGAAGGAACUGAGCAACCCAGAGCAACCAGGCAGACGUUUCGCGUACCAGAGACAACAAAAUGCGCUGCCUGUCAGAAAACGGUGUAUCCUCUGGAGAAACUGGUGGUUGGUGAGCACACUUACCACAAAAACUGCUUCGCCUGCUCUCACUGCAGCACAAAGCUGAAUCUGUGGAACUACGCCUCCCUGCAUGGUAAGAUCUACUGCAAGCCUCACUACAACCAGCUGUUCAAGGCCAAAGGGAACUACGACGAAGGCUUCGGCCAUCGCCCUCAUAAGGAGCUGUGGGAGCCUCGAGGCGACGGAGAGGAAAGCGAGGAGCCGCCAAAGCCCAAAGAGCGACCAGUGGAGGCGAAGCAGCCGGCUGAGAGCGUGUCCGAGCCGCAGCCGGAUCCCAGCGGGGAAACGUCGCCACAGGUCAAGGUCACAGACAUGGCCGCCUUGCUGGAGACCCGCACAAAAACGCGGGCCGGCUCCGGAGAGACGCAGCAGGCUGCAGACAAGCCGGCUGAGAAGCGGCGGCUGAAGGUGGCCUGGCCGCCUCCGGCCGGCGAAGACCGCCCUGGACCGCUGAGUCCGUCCGCAGACGACGUCCCUUCAAACAGAACCCGGAGGGCCAAGUGGCCCCCAGAGGACGAGGUCCACUCAUCCUUCCAGAGCUCGGAGCAGGCCGAGCUGAAGAGCUUGAGAAGGACCUCGUCUCUGAAGGAGCGCAGCCGUGUGUUCACAGUCGCAGCCAAACCGAAACCGACUCCCACAGCCGCCGAGGGCCGCAGGGAGCCGCGGCGGCCACUCAGACAACUGCAGGACUGGAGGGCAUCGCUGGAGGAGAAACUGCCAUCUGAAGACAAACCCAAAGUAAACCACCAGCAGGAGGAAAAGGAAGAGCAGAGGAUGAAUCAGACGCCAAACGGAGGCGUGAGCACCCCGAAGGAGGAGAAUCCCACUGAGGACGAGGAGGAACGGAAGGAGAGAGCGCAGGAGGAGCAACGGAAGGAGAGAGCGCAGGAGGAGGAACGGAAGGAGAGAGCGCAGGAGGAGGAACGGAAGGAGAGAGCGCAGGAGGAGGAACGGAAGGAGAAGCGCUCCUCCCAGGAUGUGGGCUUCUGGGACGACAAGGAGGGGAGCGACGCUGAGGAUCUGAGCGCCGAGGACAUCAUCAAGAAGAACCGCUACUACGACGAAGACGACGAGGAUUCGAUAGUAUAAGAGCAGCUUAAAAAUCCACUUCCAGCAACCAAAAAAGAAAAAAAAAAAACACUUUUAGCUCAAAGGUGGCCGACUAGCUUAGCUUUACCAGAUUUUACUCCUGCAGAAACCAAAACUAUACCAGCUAUCUGUGAAUCAAAUCUUUUAUUGCUCUUUUUAUGUUUCAGUUAUAUUUGUAAAAAAGAUUACAACCUUUUUUUUGGUCAUGUGCCCUUUGAAAAAUGAAGAACAGCUUUUAAAUUAGUUUUAGUUUUGGCUCUGCGUUUGAUUUUAACUCCUGAAAACUUGGUACAGCUCUCGUCUUCGCUCAGGGAUCAAACAGCUGGUUCAACAGUUUUGUCCUUGCCUUCAUUUUACAUUAAUACAGCUUCCUUUCACUUUUCUGUUUUAAACUUUUAUUUCUUCUUUUUUUUUAGUUUAAACGUUUUAUUUGCUUUAAACGUUUUCUUUGCAGAAUACCUGGCUGAUCGUCCACAUACCGCUUGUGCAAUUAGAUUUUUUUUUUCCAUUAUUGUGUUGCAUAUUACAAAAUUAGCAUUUUUUUGUAAAUUAUUCUCUUGAAAUGAAAACGGACCAAAUGAGCUGCCAAAGAUUUGUGGUAAUUCCUAACAUCUCCAGGGGCCUUUUCAAGUUUAAAGGAACAUUUUCAAUUGCAAUCCAUUUUGUAUGCGAAACAUUUUCAAUGUAUUUUUAUGUAAUGGAGUACAAACAUGUUUGCACAACGAUUUGUCUUCUUGUGACUGGAGAUCACAGCCUGUUUCUGAAACAGAAUUAAAAUAUACUACUGAG